CACUGAUUAAUAAACUCAUAUAAAUAUACAUUUUAGUAUCGCCACUCAGAUCACAAUCAAACAUCCGACCUUGCAGAUGCUUCAGCGCAGCCCCAGGAUGCUGCCCCUCACUGCCGUGCGCCUCGGCAUCAUCACUGUUGUCAUGGGAACCAGCCUCCACCUGGUGGCUGACUCCAUCACCGCACGGCUCCUGCUGAUUGGCUACCAGCUGCACCUGUCGGUCAGAGAGAAUCCAGUCAUGAAGAACGUUGAGCCCUCCUCCCUGGUUGAUGCCUUCGAGCUUCUGUUUUAUUAUGACGACACCCUUGGUCACUUGAUGUGGUUUGUUCCUCUCUUCCUCGUCCUCUUCCUCUUCUUCAGUGGUUGUUUCAGACACAGGAAAGAGAAGGAGAUGAUGCCGCCGGCUGCUUGGAUGCUACUUGUCCCCAACGCUGCCUACUACUGGUACCUGAUCGCUGAGGGACAGACCUUCAUCCUCUUCAUCUUCACCUUCUUUGCCAUGACCGCCACUGUGAUGCACCAGAGGAGGCGGGGCUUGGUUCCCGAUGGCAACGGUGUCUUCAUGCUCUACAGUUUCUCUGCAGCUCUGGUCCUGGUGGUGCUCUGGGUGGCCUGGCUUUGGAACGACGGCGUCCUGAGGAGGAAGCAUCCCGGGCUGAUCUACAUCCCGCAGCCUCGCGACGUGUUCACACUUCACCUCCGACACAACACCCACUAAAGCAACCAAAAUGAAUCCUGCAGAUCAAAUGCAUGAUUUUAUUGUCUGAGCUAUGGAUGGGAAUCAAACCCUGGACCCUGCGGUGUGACAGUCUUGACUGUUUUACAAACUGUUGUGAUUCUAUGUUGUCCAGAAAGCAAAAUAUCAAAUCAUAACUUGUGUUUUUUUGUGUUAGCGUUUUGUGUUGCUGUAUUUUGUUCAGUGCGUCUGAUUUGUCACCUUUUGUCUGGCGUCACUUUGCACUAAUAAAAAGGGGCUUAAUAAACCUUUAGA